AUGUCAAAGGCUGUUUACGCCAAGUUGUGGAUGGCCACAUCGCAGUAUCAUUUGAGGAGACAAUACGGUUGGAUGCAAGUCUGGAAACGUCUGGCUCCAUGGAGUGUCUUGUACGGAGCUGUAGGUUUGUGGAUGUUCUUCCCCGCUCUCAGCUACGACGCCAAAAAGAAGGUGACAUUUGGCCUCUGGAGUCCUCCAGAUGUCGGCUACUACAAGUUCCAAGUCAAGCCCGAGGAAUAA